UUUUUUUUUUUAAUUUUCUUUUAUUACCCCUUCUAUCAUUCUUUGUAUAUUGGUAUUCUGAUAGUCAUUAGAAAUUUUUACUUUCUAUUUCUACCAGAGUCAUCUUUCUUUUAAUUAUUUAUUCCUUUUUAUUAUUUUUUUUUAUUUUAUCAUCACCUUUAAUAACGAAACGGCUUUCACGUCUUUACCCUUAUUACUCAUUCCCGUUUUCUUUUUUUUUUUUUCGACUGUAUCACCACCUACUUACCUUGACGAAAAACGAUUGAAACGAAGAAUAAACGACUAUACCUCUUUCUUUUUUUUUAUUUUAUUUUAUAAAAUCGACUGUAUCAUAUUAUCAACAUUACAAUGAACAAGCAAGAUGCUACUACUGAACGUAUUGCAGCUGCUCGACGUGAAGCUGAAUUAUUGAAAGAAAGAAUUAAACAAAGACGUGAAGCUCUUAGUGAUACCACUCUUCCAAAGAUGGCUAAAGGUGUAGAACCACUUCCACGAUUGGUGAUGAAGAUUCGACGUAAUUUACGUGGACAUCUUGCCAAGAUUUAUGCAAUGCACUGGGCUAAUGACGGACAACAUUUAGUAUCAGCUUCACAGGAUGGAAAAUUGAUUGUAUGGAACGCCUACACUACCAACAAAUUACAUGCUGUCCCUUUACGAUCUGCUUGGGUAAUGACCUGUGCCUAUUCUCCUUCUGGAAAUUUUGCUGCUUGUGGCGGUUUGGAUAACGUGUGCUCAGUCUACAACUUGACAUCAAGAGAAGGUCCCGUCCGUCCUGCCAGAGAAUUAUCUGCUCAUACUGGUUACCUCAGUUGUUGUCGCUUUUUGGAUGAUCGUCGUAUCUUGACUAGUUCUGGUGAUAUGACUUGUUUAUUAUGGGAUGUAGACGCUGGUGUCAAAAUUCAAGAAUUUGCUGAUCAUACUGGUGAUGUCAUGAGUGUCUCCAUGUCCCCCAAUGAUCCCAACAUUUUUGUUUCUGCUGCUUGUGAUUCUACUGCCAAAAUUUGGGAUAUGCGAACUCAAAAAUGUGUACAAACCUUUGUUGGUCAUGAAUCUGAUAUUAAUUCUGUUCAAUUUUUCCCUAAUGGUAUGGCUGUUGGAACUGGUUCAGAUGAUGCUAGUUGUCGAUUAUUUGAUUUGCGUGCUGAUCGUGAAAUGAAUGUAUAUCAAAAUGAAAAUAUUUUACAUGGUAUCACUUCUGUGGGCUUCUCCAUAUCUGGUCGUUUGCUAUUUGCAGGUUAUGAUGAUUUCAGUUGUCAUGUCUGGGAUUCUCUCAAGGGUGAACGCGUUGGUGUGUUGAACGGUCACGAGAAUCGUGUAUCUUGUCUUGGUGUAUCGAGUGAUGGGUAUGCAGUGGCUACUGGUAGUUGGGAUAGUUUCCUCAAGAUUUGGGCAUGAUCAUCUUCUCUUCCUUUUUUUUUUUUU